AAAUAAGUCCAGUCGGUGCACAGUCUCGCGUCAAAACACAACCGCACACGGACACACAAAAGAAAGAGAAUCAACUUAGAAAAAAGAAGCCCAAAAGUUCGAGCUAAAUUUUCAACCAAAAAAAACAACAAAAGAUCAGCGAGUUUUGUUUGUUUUUGUUUUUUCACAAGUGGUGAUCGAAAAAAAUUGCACCGGUUGAAAGAAAACGAAGAACAUUUUUUUUUCUUAUUUUAUUUUUAUUUUUUUUUUUCGAUUUAAUUUGUUGGGAAAUUAAAAUUAGAAUACAAAAAAACAACAUUACAACAAUGCAGACUCGAUCGCCCGGUAGUGUCCCGCGUGUCGUGAACGACGUCAUCAGUUUCCUGUUGACGUCCAACACUUUAACUCGUUUAAUAGUCUAAUUGCUAUUUUUUAUUUUAUUUUUUCUGUCCAGGGGAAAGGGCUUUUAUUUUUAUUUAAUUUUUUAUUAGUAAAACAGUUUUAGAAUUUACAUUUUUUUCCCCCCUGUCUUUCUGUUUGACAAGGACGGAUGUAACGGCUUUCAACACUCGUAUGGUGAUGGCUACCGGAUAAUUCUUUAUUUUUAUUUUUUUUUCAUUUUUUUCAUUUUUUCUAUUCUCGUUCCAAACGAAUUUGGAAUUUUGUUUUUCACACAUUAUUAGCGAGGUUCAAAUCAAUCGAAUUAAACGUAGGUAAAAUCCGUCCUGUUUAGACCUAUAUACGACAAGCAGUUGGAGCUUUGAUUUCUAUAGUGCGUGUGCGUGUGUAUCAAGUGCGUGUGUCUUUCAAAAGAGAUUCGAGAUCGUGCGUGGGUGAGAUUUCAAAGAUGGCGUUCAACUCGUCAAUCGGGACGGUACAGGAGCAACAGUCGGUCAUUGGAGAUGCGGGACUCGUCAGCGCGGCCAACGGCGUGUUGACGGCGCCAAGCGAAACGACAUCGCUGGCCGAUGUGGUCGAAUCCUCGGUGGAGAGCCUGUUCCAGUGGGCCACCGUUGCCGAGUCGUCCACCUUCGGCUUGAUCUGGCUGAUGGCCGUUAUCGGAAACGGACUCAUCACGUGCACUUUACUCCGGCGAGGUCUACUCACUCAUCCGUCCAACAGAUUGGUGUUUAGCGUGACGCUGAGCAAUUUGAUCUUCUCGUUUUGUGUUUUCCCCUGCAUCCUCGUCUCUUCGAUCAAACAACAGUGGAUUUUUGGCUCCAUUUGGUGCUACAUCAACGCCUUUUUCACCAUUUUGGUAACAGUGGCCAGUUCAGCAACUCUCGCAGCCAUUGCUCUCGAUCGAUAUUUCGCAAUCGUUCGGCCGAUGCAGUACUCCCGAAAAAUGACGCGCAAUCGGGCCAACGGACUUCUCAUCUUCGCUUGGUGUUUGGGACUGGUCUGCGCUCUGCCGCCCUUGUUCGGAUGGUCGACGUACGACUACGAAGAGUCACAUCGCGCUUGUUUUUUGGGCUGGACGUCUUCGCUGUCCUAUUCGGCCGUCCUGUUGAUCAUCACGUUCUGUUUCCCGCUCGUCUCCAUGCUAGUUUUCUAUUACGCCAUUCUUCAAGUGGCUCGCACCAAAUGCAAACGAAUCAAUUUCGGGACAAUGUCGGAGCCACCGAUGACUCCGCUGGAACGGAUCCAAACUUUGGCGGCUGCUGGUAAUCCGCCACCGACUCCGCCGCCCGGUUGCAGUGCGGAGCUGGCCAACAUACUGGGCGAACUGGGUCGCGUGGCCAUGUCCGAUUCGCAGACGAGCAUAGGUGGCGGUCACAACAACAACAAUGUCAACCGGUCGCUGCGACGCAAUCGUUUCAGCUUCAACGGUCGCAAACCGUCCUUCUCCUGGCUGUCCAGCACAUCAUCCAUCAAUUCUACCGCUCCCGUCAAAGGAAUGCGGACCAUUUUUCUAGUGUUGGCUGCUUUUCUAUUGACGUGGAUCCCGAUGUUAGUACUGGCUUUACUGGAAAUGAUCGGCUAUUGGGGCGGACUGGGUAGCUGGACGCCACCUCAUUGGCUGUACGUUUUCGCCAUGUGGUCCAUGUGCGCUGGAAGUGUCACCUACCCGAUCCUCUACGGCAUUUACAACCGGGCAAUUCGUAAAGAAUUGCGGAUCUGCCUCAGCUGCAGCGGCGGUUUGAACACCAAGAAAUGGCGCAACGUCAAUCAUUUUUAUCAUCACGGAGGAAGCAGCGGAGCCGGCCAGAGACGAGGAUCCAAAUGGUCCAAUUACUCAGAAUACGCAGCUCUUCGACCAAGAGAAACAUCAGCGGCUGCAACGGCGGCCGUUUCGGCGGCCGUAGCGGCUGCAGCAGCGGCCAGUACUGCCCAGCAAGGACUGACCGAAUCACUGACGGCCCUGCAGGCUGGCAUGAGCGACAUCAAAUCGAUUCGCGUCCGCAAAUCGAGUCAGGAUUCCGGAGCUGUGAUACCCAGCGACGAUGAAGACGGUACUGGACAUCCGAGGAGUUCCAGUCACGCUUCGGGGCAUUCCAGCAGUCAAAGCCAUCACAGAGUGGAGCACAAAUUACUGGCGUCUAAUGCGCAACAAGCCGUGCCGUCCACAGCCGCUGCGGCCGUCGCCACCUGGAGGGCUUUCAAUCGACCCCGCAUGGCCCUGGCCGUUUUAGCUGUUUCGCUCCAGCACAUAGCCGCCCACUCGGAUCAUCUUCAAUAUCACCAACAUCGGCAACAGCAGGAAAUCGACGCUAAAACGAAUGGCGCAGUGAUGCGUCCUGCAGAAGAAGAUGAACAGAAGCAGCCGGAAGAAGCGGAGCAACAGGUAGAAAUCCCAUUAGCACCGGCCGUGCCGGUGCUCCUAGCAGCCGAUGAUAUCCGGACGUCGAGUUUAGACGAAGGCAUCGAGCCGGAUCGUUGAAAAGACAAAACAAGAAACACAUUUGUUUAUGUGUGUGUUCAAAGUACAAUGAUGCAAGUACUUCAUUUACAUAUUGAUGUUUGGUCUUAUUGUUAUAUCAAAAGCCAUUCGACACGGAUGGCAAAAACAAACAAAAAAGACGCUCACACAUCCGAAUCCUUGCCAUAUGCCAUUCCCCCUUUUUUUCUUUUCGUCAGAGUGUGUGUGUUUAUUAAUUUGUCACAGCGCCAAUAGUUUUUUUUUUUUUUGAAAUUGGGAAUUGUAUAUUGUAAUUUCUUCAUUCUCCCCCAUGUAUUAUGUGUGAAUGAAUGGAUAUACCGUAUAUAUAUAUCAUUCAUGUGUUUUAUGAUGAAUCAAACGUCGGAAUAAUCAGCCCCUCCCCUCCAAAAAAACAAAACAAUCGUUCAUUACCGCCCAUUUUUCUCACGCUGGAUGAAGUCGGGAAUUGAUAAACGAUAACGGCGGACUUAUAAAAAAACAAACAAAACAAACACAAACAUAUAAAACAAAGCUAUACAAUUUUUGUUUUUAAUAUCCCUUCGUGAACUGAGAAACUAGUCAAGCUCGAUGCUUUUGACUUAUUUUUAUACGUGGAUUUUUUAAAAGAAAUCAAUGUUCAAAAAUGAAACCCCCUCCCCUCCUGUUUUUUUAAUUAAAAAAAAAAAGGAGAAGAAGUUAGUUGGGUGAUACAUGCGUUGUUCUCCUUUAUAUUCCCUCCCAUCAUCGUUUGUUAGACACACGAAACACGACGUUCUUUAAAAAAAUAAUAAAUAAUCCUAUCUCCAUCACGUUUACAAAACCAUUACAACAAGAACAAAUUUUUUUUAAACAAAAAUCAAUCACGAUCUAUGUAUGAAUACGUAAUCCCCCCCCUUUUGUAAUGGGAACGGACCUGAAAAAAGAUAAUACAAAUUUUGGCUGGGCUCACCUUUCCUUAUAGCGUGUCGUGUUUUGUUGGUUUGAAUUAUUUUCUAGGUAUUGUCAUUUCACGCUAUUAUCCCACCCCCCCAAAAGGGUAAAUAGUCCGAUAUCACGAUAUCAGCUGAAGACGGAGAAGAAGGAAAAAAAAUUAUGUAAAUACACGAGAAACGAGUUGUCAA